UCGCAAGACGUCAUCAACCCGGUACUUGCCAACAUGGAAGGUGGAGACAGCACAGUCUCCGUGGCAGGCCGUGGGGCUUCGGGUUCCGCAGCAGUGGCAGCGACCGUGCAGGAGCUCUUGCAGGACGACUGCUACCGUGAAUUUUUGAGUGAAGACUUUGAUGUAAAAACUUACACUUCACAAUCUAUUCAUCAAGCUGUAAUUGCUGAGCAACUGGCAAAGCUUGCCCAAGGGAUCAGUCAGCUGGAUAAAGAGCUACACCUACAGGUUGUUGCAAGACAUGAAGAUUUACUGGCACAAGCAACUGGGAUUGAGUCUUUGGAAGGUGUUCUUCAGAUGAUGCAGACGAGAAUUGGAGCUUUACAGGGUGCUGUUGAUAGGAUGAAAUCAAAAAUUGUUGAGCCAUACAAUAAAAUAGUAGCCCGUACUGCACAACUGGCAAGGCUUCAGGUUGCCUGUGAUUUGCUUCGGAGAAUAAUUCGCAUCUUAUAUCUCAGUAAGAGACUCCAGGGACAACUGCAAGGAGGAAGUAGGGAGAUAACAAAAGCUGCUCAGAGUCUCAAUGAACUUGAUUAUCUUUCGCAAGGAAUAGAUCUUUCUGGAAUAGAAGUAAUAGAGAAUGAUUUACUCUUUAUUGCAAGAGCUCGACUUGAAGUAGAAAAUCAAGCUAAGCGUCUGCUGGAGCAAGGUGUGGAGACCCAGAAUCCAACUCAGGUUGGAACAGCUCUUCAGGUUUUCCACAAUCUGGGGACUUUGAAGGACACUGUUACCAAUGUCGUGGAUGGCUAUUGUGCUGCCUUGGAAGACAGUAUCAACAAUGCAUUGGACGUCAAAGUUUUGACUCAGCCUUCCCAGUCAGCUGUGAGAGGAGGUCCCGGGCGAGCCACCAUGCCAACUCCAGGAAACACGGCAGCUUUUCGAGCGUCCCUCUGGACCAACAUGGAAAAACUUAUGGAUCAUAUCUGUGCUGCUUGUGGACAGGUACAACAUCUACAAAAAGUAUUAACCAAGAAGAGAGACCCUGUUUCUCACAUUUGUUUCAUUGAAGAAAUAGUUAAGGAUGGACAGCCUGAAAUUUUAUACAUGUUUUGGAAUGCAGUCACUCUGGCGCUCUCUUCUCACUUUCAUGCAGCGACAGACUCUUCUAUGUUUUUGAAGCAAGCAUUUGAAGGUGAAUACCCUAAACUAUUACGUCUCUAUAAUGACUUAUGGAAGCGUCUUCAGCAGUAUAGCCAGAAUAGCCAAGGAGCUUUCAGUACAAGUGGAGCAGCCGACCUCUAUGCUGACCUCCCUCACAUGGAAGACGAUGCACAAGACAUGUUCAUACUGAAGAGGCCGGAUUAUGAUCCAGAAAAGGCGUUGAAAGAUUCCCUGCAACCUUAUGAGGCUGCUUAUCUCUCAAAAUCCCUGUCGCGACUCUUCGAUCCCAUCAACUUGAUUUUUCCUCCUGGUGGACGUAACCCUCCUUCCUCUGAUGAGCUUGAUGGGAUCAUUAAAACUAUAGCAAGUGAACUCAAUGUAGCUGCUGUUGAUGCAAACCUCACAUUAGCUGUGUCAAAAAAUGUGGCGAAGACCAUCCAGUUAUAUGCUGUGAAAUCAGAGCAGCUGCUCUCUACUCAAGGAGAUGCAAGCCAGGUGAUUGGGCCUCUCACUGAAGGACAGAAGAGAAAUGUGGGUGUGGUGAACUCCCUGUUUAAGCUGCACCAGUCAGUAACAAAGGUGGUUGCCAGUCAGAGCUCAUUCUCAGCAGCAGCUGAGCAAACUAUAAUGUCAGCCCUAAAGACAAUUCAUGAUCUUAUGGGAAAUGCCAUCCAGCCCUUGCUGACGUCCGUGGCAGAUGCGAUCGAGGCCAUCAUCAUCACCGUGCAUCAGGAAGAUUUUUCUGGGUCCUUAACUAGCUCAGGAAAGCCGGAUGUUCCUUGUUCCCUGUACAUGAAAGAGCUACAAGGCUUCAUUGCCAGAGUUAUGAAUGACUACUUCAAGCACUUUGAAUGCUUGGAUUUUGUUUUUGACAACACUGAAGCUAUUGCCCAAAGAGCCAUUGAACUUUUUAUCCGCAAUGCCAGUCUCAUAAGACCCCUCGGUGAAGGUGGGAAACUGCGACUUGCUGCCGAUUUUGCACAGAUGGAGCUGGCUGUGGGCCCACUUUGCAGACGAGUGUCGGAUUUGGGAAAGUCCUACCGGAUGCUGAGAUCAUUCAGACCCCUGCUCUUCCAGACAAGCGAACAUGUGGCGGACAGCCCGGCAGUGGGAGACAUUAUCCCAUUCAGCAUUAUCAUUCAGUUCCUGUUCACUAGAGCACCAGCUGAGCUGAAAUCCCCCUUCCAGAGGGCAGAAUGGUCCCAUGCACGCUUCUCCCAGUGGCUGGAUGAUCACCCAUCUGAAAAGGACAGGCUCCUCCUUCUCAGGGGAGCCUUGGAAGCUUAUGUUCAAUCAGUGAAAAGCAGGGAAGGCAAAGAAUUCGCACCAGUUUAUCCCAUUAUGGUUCAGCUGCUUCAGAAGGCUAUGUCUGCUCUUCAGUGACCGCGGUCUCCGUGCACAGACCUGUCCAGAGGUGGCAACUAGCAACUAAAAAUCAUAGUUGACUUUCUGUAAUUCCCAUUGAUCUUUCCUUGUUACCUCUAGCACUUUUCCUUUAAAAUGUCAAAACAGAUCAAUCAUCACGACCUUCAAAUUGCAAA